UCCGACCAGACAACAGCAGGAAAAUAGCGACAUGGCUAGAGGCUUGCACCGUUGCCGCGUCGCUGUCGACGGGUCCUUGAAGCAGCAUCUCUGUUAAUGACUUUCCCGCACAGCUCCCCAAAGAGCCUUCGUCCUCUCAUUCCCUGAUGGGACAAGCCGUAACGAUUCUCGCUUCGUAUGUGGCGGCCGGGCGCAAUGGACAUUGCACGCGACAUAGCGGUUCGUCAAGUUCAUGCCGGCGACGGCGACGGCGCCGACAUCGUCUUCGACUUCAACGGUUAGCGAAUGGACGUUUCGAUUUUCCCUUCUCUCUCAAGAUCCGAUCAGGAGCACCAAUCUAUCGAGGAUCGCCUAAUUGACCUCCUAAGCCAUGCCGCUUCAUCAGACGAUGAUGACGAAUUCGAAGACAUCAUCGAUGAAGUGCUUGAGACAAUUCUCAGUGUAGGGCCACAUAUCUUGAGCGAAGCUGCACCGACGCCCUCGACCGACGGCAUCGAUUUACACUCUCUUAUCUUCAUGUUCCCGCCAACUCACGUGUUCAGAUUAGCAACAGUGGAUGGAAACGCCACUAUUACGCGAAUUAAUCCCGUAGAAAAGUAUACGUCAUCCUUCCUUGACCGCAACGAAGAUGACUGUUUUGAAGAGGACUCCCAUAUUGAUGAUACCCUCCCGGUGCAUUCGACCAGGAGAAUAGUGGUCCAGGACCUAUAUGUGCAAGGCGCAGGUUACACCGCCGCCUUGGUCCAAGUUGACAGCACAAAAUGGUUCUGCAAGGUCCACAUAGGCGCCACCAGGUUUAUGGAAUCCAGUGUUGGCCGAGAACUUGCAUCCUUGCAGACCAUUCGAAGCAUCUGGCCGCCAGCCCUCAGCAACCAGAUUCGUGUUCCUCAGCUUAUGGGCUACGUACGAGAACAUAACACCGGCCGCAUUGCCGGGUUCCUCGGGCAAUGGGUGCCUGGAGAACAUCUCAGGGGCUGCGACAUCGCAAACUUAUCGAGGGAAAGGAGGCUGAAAUGGGCAUCGCAAGUCUGUGAGGCAGUCGGACUGCUGCAUUCGAACGCGCUCAUCUGGGGCGAUGGGAAAGCAAGUAAUGUCAUUAUCGAUGAAGAAGACGAUUCUUGGCUGAUUGACUUUGGUGGUGGCUUUACCGAGGGCUGGAUAGAUGCAGACUAGGAAAACUCUGUGGAGGGAGACGAGCAAGCAGUGAGAAGCAUCCUUGCCUUCUUAGGUCUGGCUGGGUUAGGCAAAUAGCGAUUCUUGCGACUCAUUUGAACCACGAGAUCAGUCCCGAUCUAAUGCUUGGCACCGGCCAAUACACGAUGGAUGGGCGUGUCCAGCGGGUUAGAGGGCUGGGCCAAUUGAUCGAACAUUUUCACGG